UGCUCGAAAGAUGGAGCACCAAGUCCACUAACAGAUCAGGUUUACACAAGUUGAUCUUAAAAUUGUUACACAAUGGCAGUUUCUAUUAUAAAAAGAUUAAAUUCUGCUUUUCAAAAAAUUGAACAAGCAUUAAAAAUAAUAUUUAAUAACAGAUUUCCUCCAGAAGCAUUAUGUGCAAUAGAUUAUAAUGGUAGUUUAAAUGUUCCAUCACCUGUAAACAAAGAUGGUCGAUUUUCUCUCAAAGACAUUAUUGAAAAUGGUAUUUUAUGGGGAGUUCCAACGUGUAGACGUACCAUUGAAAAACGUUUGAGUAGAAAAUUUGGAUAUCCUGAAUAUAAAUGGAAGCCACCUGUUCCAAAAACUAAUCUUUUAAUGUGUCCUAAUUGUGGUAAUUACCACGAGGCUAAACUUUUAUGUGCACAUUGCUAUGAAAAAGUAAAAAUAGAAACUAAAGAAAUGCAAGAUGCUAUUCAAGAAAAAUUAGGAUUAGAUCCCGUUGAAGAAAAUGUUAUUGUUAUUUAUGAAGGAGAAAAAGAAGGCAAGACAGAUGACUUCUGGAAGAACCAAAGAGUAGUAGAGAUGCCAAAGAAACGACCUGAGUGGUUUCAUGAAAAUCUUCUCGAAUCAUCCACGGUUCAACCUUCUGAUAGUAAGGAUAUAAAACCUCCAGAACUUGCUUAAGAAAAAGUCUAAGUAUUUGAAAUAAAAGUUAUUUAAACAUCUA